UUUAUAUCAAAACAUCUUUCUUUUUAGUCUCAAACUAAAAACCAAAUAUUCUCAAAAUCAUUCAAUAUGUCAUCUCUUUCAAGCCUUCUUUUCCUUAGCUUUUGCUUUUCUUUGCUAUUUUUCUGCUCAAUUUCUGAAGAUGACCAACGAAAGACGUAUAUUGUAUACAUGGGAAGUCAUCCAAAACACCAAGUUUCAACCUCAUCUCAUCAUAUGAGAAUGCUACAAGAAGCCAUCGGGAGUACUUUCGCUCCACACUCUUUGCUCCAUAGCUACAAGAGAAGUUUUAAUGGCUUCGUUGCGAAGCUAACUGAAACUGAAGUAAAAAAAGUUUCAGAAAUGAAGGAUGUAAUUUCAGUUUUUCUAAAUGAAAAAAUACAACUUCACACAACAAGAUCCUGGGAUUUCAUGGGGUUGACCCAACAAGUUAAUCGAGUUCCAUCAGUGGAAAGUGAUAUCAUUGUGGGAGUAUUUGACACCGGAAUUUGGCCAGAAUCCCCUAGUUUCCUCGACCAUGGAUAUGGCCCGCCACCGCCAAAGUGGAAGGGUUCUUGUGAAGUCUCAUCCAAUUUCUCUUGUAACAAUAAAAUCAUUGGAGCUCGAUCAUAUCGUCGCAAUGGUCAGUAUCCAAUAAACGAUAUCAAAGGUCCAAGAGAUUCAAACGGCCAUGGGACGCACGUAGCAUCGACGGUAGCAGGCGGGUUGGUCAGGCAAGCGAGUAUGCUUGGUCUCGGCUCUGGCACGGCAAGAGGAGGAGUCCCGUCGGCACGUAUCGCCGCCUACAAAGUAUGUUGGUCAGACACUUGCUUUAGUGUUGAUAUUCUUGCAGCAUUUGAUGAUGCUAUUGCCGAUGGGGUUGACAUCAUCUCCAUGUCCCUUGGACCAAGGAAGCCGAUAGCUAAUUACUUUAGUGACCCCAUCGCCAUCGGAACUUUCCAUGCAAUGAAGAACGGAAUCCUUACAUCAACGUCUGCCGGCAAUGAUGGUCCAAGCUCUUUCACCCUUACAAACUUCUCACCUUGGUCUUUAACGGUGGCAGCCAGUACUACCGAUAGGAAAUUUGUAACUGGUGUUCAACUUGGAGAUGGAAGAAGGUUCAAUGGAGUGACAAUCAAUACAUUUGAUUUAAAUGGAACACAAUAUCCAUUUGUGUAUGCUGGAAAUGUACCAAAUGUUACCGGUGGCUUUAAUGGAUCCAUCUCCAGAUUUUGCUUGGGAAACACAGUGGACAGGGAAUUGGUGAAGGGUAAAAUUGCCCUUUGUGAUAUUUUGGUACCACAAACACUUUUAGGUUCUAUAGAAGGGGCGGUUGGAAUUAUAAUGCAAGACAAAAGUCCAAAAGAUCUCACAUUCUCUUUUCCCUUGCCUGCCUCCCAUCUUGGCACACAAGAAGGAGCUCUCAUUUCUUCUUAUCUCAACUUAACUAGCCUUCCAACAGCAACAAUAUCAAAAAGUAUUGAAGGAAAGCAUGAAGCAGCUCCUUUUGUUGCAUCUUUCUCUUCAAGAGGUCCAAAUCCAACAACCCCAAACAUUCUCAAGCCAGAUUUGAGUGGUCCAGGAGUUGAAAUUCUUGCAGCAUGGAGUCCUAUAAGUUCUCCUUCAACAGCUAAAGAUGACAAUAGAAAACUUCUUUUUAAUAUUAUUUCAGGGACUUCAAUGGCUUGCCCACAUGCUACAGCAGUUGCUGCCUAUGUUAAAUCAUUUCACCCUUCUUGGUCUCCUGCUGCCCUUAAAUCAGCACUUAUGACAACAGCAUUUCCUAUGAGAGCUGAACUUAACAAAGAUGCAGAAUUUGCAUAUGGUUCAGGCCAUAUAAAUCCACUUGGUGCAGUGAAUCCUGGUUUGAUCUACAAUGCUUCAGAAAUUGACUAUAUAAGAUUCCUAUGUGGCGAAGGUUAUAACACCACUUUACUCCAACGAAUCUUUGAAGAUAAUUCUACAUGUUCUCCAACCAAUUCUGACCAAGUUUUUGACCUAAAUUAUCCUUCAUUUGCUCUUUCCACACAUAUCUCAACCUCAUUCAAUCAAACUUACAAAAGAAGGGUCACGAAUGUUGGGUCAACAAAUUCUACAUAUAAAGCCACAACUUUUGCUCCUUCAGGGAUUAAUAUUUCAGUCAAUCCUUCUAUUCUUUCAUUCAAAGCCUUGGGUGAAGAGCUAAAAUUUGAGCUUAUAAUUGAGGGAAAAAUCAGUAGAAGCAUUGAAUCGGCUUCCUUGGUUUGGGAUGAUGGUGUACACAAAGUGAGAAGUCCUAUAAUCGUCUUUGAUUCUGAUCCCUUCAUUCACUAGUAAGUUUAUAAUUUCGUGUAUUAUCUCAUUACCUAGGUUUCCAAAUUAUUAAACAUCAAUAAAUGUAUUAAAAGUUUUUUUUUCUCUUUGUCAAAACGAGCAUAGCUCAACUAGCAUAUGGAUGCAUUAGCAACCUAGAGAUUUGCGGUUUGAAUCCCUUGUCCCUGUUGUCCUAAAAAAAGUUACUUCGUUUCAUUAGCUA